CUCGCAGUGCUAAAGUAUUAUACACACAACCCACUGAUAGUUCUCAAGUACUAAAUAAACGAUUACUGACACCUUUCGCCUGGGAACCUACCGGCAAAUAAGGGGAAAACCCAAAACAAAGUCUGCAAUAGCUUACAGAAACUGAGAAUGAAAAGCAGAGCUAUACCACAACAUUGUACACUGAAUAAAACAAAGCCUCCGUCCACUUUGCCGGUGAUUAUUGGCGCAGCUGCUCUGCUCGCUGUGCUUGCUUGUUGUAACUGCUAAAGUCUAUGGUAUACAACGCACUGAUAUCGCACAGUUUCUCAAGAGCCACAUAAACGAUUGCAUGGCAUUUUUCGUCUAAGAAUUCUGCCGGCAAAAACAAACGCGUACUAGUCGGUAGGUCGGUAGUUAUUUUCUCGCAAAAUUAAAUUCAUUGCAAUUUGAAUUUAAUUGGCCAACAUAAAUACGCUAAAGUGAAUAAAUCAAUAAAGCGCAUCAAAAAGUAAUUAAAAAAUUAGCAAUUAUUAAAAUCUGUGUUGGAGAAAUAGAGAUAAUUUUGCAACGACUGCUGUUUAGACAUAGAAAAAGUUAAAGAAAAAAAUUUUACUUAAAAAAAAAAUAUCAAAGUGUCUGUUACUAAAAUGUUACGAAAUUUAUUGCUGAUUCUUCUUCACAUUUUGGUGUUGUUUCAUCUCGGACGUUGCUUCAAUCCUGAGGAAGCCGUCACCGAUUUCAGCUUGGAAAUGGAUUCCAAAGUUCUUACCGAGGCAAGCAGCAUUAAACCAGCUCCAGCUCAAACCCAAAUGCAAUUGUAUCAGAACAAACGGCGCUUUCUGUUGAGCACCAUUGUCAUUGUUUUGGGUGUCAUUGGCAACUUUUUGGCUUUGGUUAUUUUGGCGCGCAAAAGAGCUGCCAAACAUAGUAAAUACACCUUUAUGUUGCGCUGCUUAUCGACAAAUAAUUUUAUUGGCCUCUUGGGUAUGCUGACCACAUUGAUGUUGAAACUCUAUCUACCGCCCGAGGUCUUUGAGGACUACACCAAAUGGGAUUGUGUGGGCAAAGUUGUAUGGAGAUUUUUUGGCUUAAGUUCCGGUUGCAUAGCAGCCGUAAUGGCUAUUGAACGAUGGAUGGCUUUGGCUAGACCAUUUAUUUAUCACAAGCAUAUUACCUAUGAAUUGGUGCGUAAAACCAUAAAAUCCUUGAUUUGCAUUGCGGUCGUCAUCACAUUUUUGCCCUUCUUCGGUUUCGGCGCCUACAUGGAUGACAGCAAUCCAGAGAAGGUCAAAUGUUUACGUUAUCGUGAUGCCGAAGGUUUUUUGAAUAAAACAUAUUCGGUGCUAUUCAUGUUAUUUGGCUCUCUGCUCUGUGUGGUCAUAGUCGCAUGUAAUUUGUUUGUUAUGCGCGUUCUAUGCUUCAUUGGGCGCACACGUACCACCCAACGUCACAUGACGUACGACAUGGUGCAUCGCAGCGAGAAAGGCUCACAAAUCGAUGGUGAAAGUUCCAGCGGCACAACACUUUAUCAGCAGAACGGCGGUAGUACUACCAACCAUGUACCACAAUAUCAUCACAGCAACAGCGUAACCCUGUCGGCACACGCAUCGCCAGAUGAAAUAAAAUUUGCUAAAUUAAUGUUGUUCUUGAGCAUAUCAUUCGUUAUCUGUUGGAUGCCACAAAUGAUCGCCAUACCCAUGGCAAUAGCACCAAAUCGUGUACCAAAGGCUCAUCCCUUCUUUUUGAUCGCUGACAUGUUAAUGGCCCUUCAUUUCACUUCAGAUCCGUAUGUGUAUGUCUUGAGUCGCACCAAACAUUCCUACAUUGUAGGAUGCCUGAAACGCUGGCGUACCGGUUUGAAACGCUCGCACAGUGAUCAAAGCCGACUAAGGGCCACUGUAGAGCAGCACACAUUGGAGUGUGGUCUCAAUUGAAAUGUGAAAGAAAAUCGAUAAUGAAAGGCGAUGGAAGUGGCCGCUGCAGCUGCAGCUAACACUUCAGGACUGAUGGGGCGUAACAUGGUGUAGCAUGAUGUUGUGAUGUGAGCUUCUCUGCGUAAUUAGUGUUUUCAUUCCUUAUGCAACAACAGUUGGCAGCAACAAACAUUCCCCCCAUUGACAACGACUAAUAUUCCUUUGCCCCCUCCCUAUGCUCCACAGGCAGCCAUCCAGAGGGCCUGCUUCCUUAGUGAGUGACAUGCAUCGCAACGUCUCCAAGAGGCAUUAUGAAUGGCGUUUAUUUGUGUUUGCUUUUUCGGUGUGGAUUGAAUAUCUCAUUGCCUGUCGCCUGCUUGGUUUUAUGGCUCUGUAUGGCUUUAUGUAGAUACUUAAUAGUUUAACUAUAGAUUAUAGUAUGUUUUUUUUUUUUUAUAGGUUAUUGUUUAUAAAUUAACCCACAUUUUAUACUUUUUUAUGGUACAGGACAUCAGAUGUGUAUGUGUGUAUCCCACUUGCAGUGCUAUUAGCCUUGGAAGAUGAGACGUUAAACUAUAAGCUUCGCAUUCAUUUAAUGAGCAAAUAAGGCACAUUAAAUAUUGGGAUUACUUGGGUAGGAAAAAGCAACAACAACUACCGACCGAGGAACAUUUGUUAAAGCAGUGCAUUUAUGGCGGAAUGAUGGAAUUCUCUAAGGGAGUGGAAAAAUACAAGCGGCUACUACACAAUGUUAGAAAAUAUUGAAAUAAGAAAGGGUACGAGUUUUGUUUGAUUGUUUUGUUUCUAUGAUCUCCACCAUAGGAUGGAGGUAUACUAAUUUCGUCAUUUAGUUUGUAACACCAUGUCCGUCCGUCUGUCAGUCGAAAGCACGCUAACUUUCGUAGGAAUAAAGCUAGCCGAUUGAAAUUUUGCACAACUACUUUUUAUUAGUCUUGGUCGGCUGGGAUUGUAAAUGGGCCAAAUCGGUCCAUGUUUUGAUAUAGCUGCUAUAUAAACCGAUCUUGGGUUGUGACUUCUUGAACCUCUAGAGGGCGCAAUUCUCGUCCGAUUUGAUUGAAUCUUUGCACGUAGUAUUUUGGUAUCACUUCCAACAACUAUGUUAAAUAUGAUUCAAAUCGGUUCAUAAUCUGGUAUAGCUGCCAUAUAAACCGAUUUUGGAUCAUGACUUCUUGAGCCUCUAGAGACCGCAAUUCUCAUCCGAUUUGGCUGAAAUUCUGUAUGAGGUGUUUUGUUAUGAUAUCCAAUAACUGUGUUAAGUAUGGCGUAAAUCGGUACCUAACCUGAUAUAGCUCCCAUAUAAACCGAUCUGGGACCUUGAUUUCUUGAGCCUCUAGAGGGCGCAAUUCUCAUCCAAUUUGGCAGAAAUUUUGUACAACGGCUUCUCUCAUGACCUUCAACAUACGUGCCUGAUAUGGCCUGAAUAAAUUAUUUUUUGAGCCCCUACAAGGAGCAAUUCUUAUCCGAAUGAACUGAAAUAUUACACAAUGACUUCUACAAUGUUCAGCAUUAAUUUUUGGUCCGAAUCGGACUAUAACUUGAUAUAGCUCCAAUAGCACUUCAGUUCUUAUUCAAUAUUCAUUAUUUGCCUAAAAAGGGAAACCGCGCAUAGAACUCGACGAAUGUGAUCCAUGGUGGAGGGUAUAUAAGAUUCGGCCCGGCCGAACUUAGCACGCUCUUACUUGUUUUAAUUCUAAAUAAAGCCGAGUAACAAUUGGACAAUACUUCGCCACUGCCAUUAACCAUAAGUAUUGGCCUUCUAAUUUACGCUAUAUACUGUAUUUCAUGGGGAAUAUCAAUAUUACCCAUACGUCAAGUUUUAAUUGCAAGCGUUUAAUUGCACUCGUCCAGCAAGAUUCACUAAACAUGGUUGUGAAAGGCUACCAGCCGACAUACAACUUAAAAACUCAACUAUCAAGGCAAUUUUUGUAAAAGACAUCUAGGUAUAUGUGUAUGCAUGAGCAUUCUCUUCUCUACCCAAAAUUUGGUCCAAAUUUGCCCAAAUAGUUACUGGAAUUCUUUCGCUUACUUUAUUUGCCAGCAGAAGAGAGCGGGAGAUUGCGUGAAAGCGAGCACAAUUUUGAGAGUUUGUUUCCCAGCAAAAAUUUGGAGCAUCGAACAGCUGUUUAAUUCAAAUAAAUAACAAGAGAGAGUGAAGGCUGCGAUUACGCUCCUGCAAUUUUUAACUGGACAAGUAAGCGAACAGAACUAUUAAGUGUGUUCGAGUACUCAAAUACUCAAAAAAAUAUGUCAUACGAAAAUAACACACAGGUGUGAUAGUAAAAAUGAUGAACGGUAUGUAAAUUGACAAUUUUGACAAACAUUUUCAAUUACAUGCGAAUACAACAAGUGAGAUGUCAUAUGACAUCUUCAUACCAUGUUUACAUACCUUAAGUAAAAGCCGCUGCACCCAGCCUCUUACUGAGACUCUCUACUCGAUAUUCCACUAUACGCAAACUAUGGCCAUCCAGGCCUCUCGUUAUAACUAUGAACAUCACAUAUUUAAGAGCUCAAAUUUCCAGCCUGUGCGGUGUACGUAGUUAUCCCGUGCAGGGUUCAAAAUCCAUGCUUAUGCUUGGCGAAUGAAAAUUCUCCAACGAGGCUCGGGGGGAGUAGCUCCUCAAGCGUAUUGGCUUUUGGAAAUCGGUCUGCCCGGGAAUUUUUCAGGCUUCAGUAGCGGGAUCAAUCAGUGCAUCUUCCAUACAUAGGGUACAAAAAGAAUGCUUGUAGACAGGUUGAGGAAAGUUGUUAAGUAUUCCACUCCAGGUAGAUCAAGAUUCUUCAGCAUCAGUGUAGACUCCGUCGGGGGGCCAACGGCUUGGGUGACUUAGCGCCACGGAUGACAUUCGUAACUUUGUCCACGGUAAAUUCUGAUAGCUGUCCAUCAGCACAGAACCACGGAUACGACGAAUGGCUCUCCUUCUAGUCGUGUCACUCUUGGGUGCUUAAUAACAAUAUGGAACAUCUUUUUGGGUAGGACAAAAUUACGCCUUUAAAAGUGACUGAGGUCAUGUCAUCCCUUCUACCGAGGUUCGAGAAUGACUUAACAAUAUACCACAGCUUGCCUAAACCGGCACCUAAGUUAGAUUGCAUCAAAUGUUCCAGCCACACAUUCCGCUUAUGUUCGUUGACUACCCUGUUUAUUUCCAGAUUCAGCUCGCUGGUUAAAGGGAUCAAGCCAAUGAAUCCCAUCACGCUUGCCUGCGAGUACCACUACCUGCGCCGGGCAAUUGGGCCACAUUUGGGAUAUUCGACCAGUAGAUGUAAAGCGAGCAGCUGCUGCGUUAAUGAUGUCUCGGAAUUUCCUCCCAGCAAUUGGCCCUGGAGAUUUGUGUCCGGAAACGAAUCUUCUGGAAGAGUAAUCCGCGAAUCUUCCAAACAAGUUGAUGGAUGAGUAUUAAAAAAAAAGAGUAUUUUGAAAGAUUUAUUAAACAUACCUUUUUAUUAGAUGCGCAUUAUUCUCUUAGAGGAUCUUAAAAUGACUAUUACCGCAAAAAGUAAUAAUUGGGAAGAAAUCUUGAACAAAAAAUCAUAUUACUCUUCGUACUUUUCAUACUAAGUACCAAUUGUCAUAUAAGCCUGUUCAGAAUUCAGUUAAAUCUUGCGAAAGUUGGCCAUAUAAAGGGAAUCGUAUCGAAGAGUUUCUAUAGCUUCCGCACACGCAAUGGAUUGUCCAUUGAUAUCCUAGAAUAGUUGGAAAUCUUCGAGGUUGUUUUUUUCAUCGCGCGGAUGUACACUCUUCCAAAAUUAUGAAAAAUGUUUGUAAGGCUAGGGGUA